AUGACGCAGGGUCGUCAACGACCAUCCAAGAACCCCAAAUCCGACAUCUUCGGCAAACAGAAUAAAGGCGCACAGAAACGUGCUGCUGCAGAUCUUGAAGAUGACGAUCACCACGUCUCCAAACAAGUCCAUCAACGCAGCCAAGACAUCGGAGGCAUCGAUGACGCCACGCUGAGUCGUUCGAAGCGCCGCAUGGAGCAGAAGGUGCGCCAGUAUGAGGACAUGAAGAAAGGAUUGUAUCUCGCAGGCAACAGCAGUGAUGAAGAUGACACACCCGGUGGCACGAAAGAAGAUUACUUGUCGAGGUUACGGCGCAAGGAGAAAGAGGCACUCGUUGAUUUCGAUCGCAAAUGGGCGGACGAGGAACGUGAAAGAGGAGAUGGAUCCAGUGGCUCAGAGGAUGCAGACGACGAUAAUGCAUCCAUCAUUUCGUACGAAGACGAAUUAGGUCGCAAUCGCCGCGGCACCAGAGCCGAGGCAGCUCGAGCUGUGCGCGCCAGGGAGGAAGAAGAACGCGGUCAAUCAAUGCAAGAACGAUGGCGACCGAAUCGACCAGAGAAUUUGAUUUAUGGUGAAGCAGUUCAAACGGAGGCAUUCAAUCCCGACGCGAACAUUGCAUCCCACAUGGCUAAUCUCGCCGCGCGUCGGGACCGAUCGACUACACCGCCGGAUCAGAGGCACUAUGAUGCCGAAGCCGAAGUGCGUAAUCGUGGAACAGGCUUCUAUGCCUUUUCUCGCGAUGAAACGGAACGCAAGAAGCAAAUGGAGGAGCUGAAACAGGCUCGGGAGGAGACACAGCGCCAGCGCGAUCGACUAUCGGCUAGAGCUGCGGAACACCAGGCUACCCUCGAUGACCGGCGGCGACAGAUCCAAGAGCUGCGGAGCAAGAGGUUGGCUGCGCGAUUCAUGAGUGGUUUCACUGAUACGGGAGCAACAAGCACUUGA